AGACAUCAAGUAUAAUCAAGAUGGAUCAACAUCUGCCUAAUGGGAGUUUCUAUGGUGUUCGGCCAUAUGGAGUGAUGGUCGGAAGUUCUGGGUCUGAAUUCUCAAGCUCAGAGUGUAACGGUGAGUCCAUAGCCGGUCCAGAGACUUCAUCACCAAGAGACGCGUUACCUGUUUUGCAUCAAGCUGUCACUACUCCUCCAAGGAUUGGGCAUAUUGAUAUGACAUCACAGAGUACUUCAGACCAAGCAGAUACCUCGAUCACUAAUAGUGAUAGAAAACUGGACCCCAAACUUACGAGGGAAGAACAAAAAGAGGCCGUGCAAGAACUGUUGAAUAUCCAUAUUGACUUUCUCGUCGGUAAUGAACGAUCUGAAGCAUGGGAAACAGUUAGGAGGGCUACCGGAAUAUCAGUUGCCAAGCUUAAGAAAUUGAAGAAUCAAGCUUACGACAGAGGUGAGAGAAUUCAUAAGAGAAUUCAGACUGCUAAACGCACAAAAACAGGUUCAACGACAGCUACCGUGUGUGAUGAUGAUGAGUUUUAUCUCCAGUUUUACUACGAUUGUCGUAUUUCAAGCAUAGCCAGCAAGCAUAAGGCUCAACUUCUCAAAAUUUUGAGUCAAUGCCGCAACGAUGAAUUUCACUUGUAUCAUACUAAAAGAAAUCAAUACAUGAGAGAACAGGUGAUCGAAAGCCUUUCUGAAUUGAACGUUCUACCAGAGUUAGACGUAGAUGUUGUUCUUUUCAGAGUUUUGAGCAAACUCUUUGACUGUGAUGAUAUCGGCUUGAAUGGUGACAGGGAGUUGAAACGACUUCUGGAGGAAAAGAGAAAGAAGUAUAAGAAGACUGUCUUUGAACCUCUCUACAAACAGAAAAAGCAUCAACUUAAAAAGGCAAUAAUGAUGCGUGAGAAUGCAAUCAAGGAGAAAAAAGAAUAUAAAGCUACUCUUGUCAAAGCCAUCAAUGAAAAUCUUGCCUUUAUGUCUAACACAAAAUUAAGAGAUAGCAUCAUUGAAACUAUGCGUCUGAUUGCCGAACAAGAAGCAAAGGCUGAAAGUCUGAAGAAAAGUGUGAUGAAAACAUUAGAGUCACAGGAAGAUAUAGAUUCUUUUGAAGAGUUUGUAUCUGAAGAAUCUGAUAUCCCAGCUGAUUAGUUUGACGAUGACGAAUCAGAGAACCAUGGUUCUGAGGGGAAUGUGUCUAGUGAGAGUUCUACAGAGGAGGACUGAAUCAAUACAGAAGGACAUUGCUAGACCACAACUUUUUUUGUAUCUGUUUAAAUAUAUAUCUUUAGUAUUUUAGUAUUCGUUAUUGGUCAUAAAAAACACCUUGAAUGUUUCAAC